UUCAUUCUUUAUUUUCUGUAGGCUGUUGAUGGAGAGGAUUUCGAAUGACAGCCGGGACAGUGGUCAUCACAGGCGGUAUUUUAGCUACAGUUAUCUUACUGUGCAUCAUCGCAGUACUGUGUUACUGUAGGCUGCAGGUAAGCCCGUCCUAUGACCCUCUGUUCCUCUCUUCAUUGUGGUCAGACCCUGUACUGUCACUGAACUGUCACUGUCACAGUAAACAUCAAGCCCAUCUAUACCUCUGACUGAGACCUCUGACUGGGUGCUUAAUAAUCUGUGGCUUGUAUCUUGAAAAAACAAAAAGGCAUGGCACACCAUGUAAUUAAAUCUAAAUUGAAAAGCCUUUAUUUAGUUUCCUUACUGACGCACUUCAGCAAACAUGUCUUCAUCAAGGUGUGCCCCUCUGGACUGUUCCUCUCUUCAUUGAGGUCAGGCUAUGUGGUACAGGGAGAUCCAUGUCACAAUCACCACACACUUCGUAAGCAGUUAGACAUCACAACAUCACACACCCUGUGUGUAUUCAAGCUGCACAUACUGACUUGGAUAUGUUCCCCCUCGCACAGCUUGCUGAUAAGUGUUUCUCAGAGCAUUCAGAACUCUCUCACGAGACUAGAUGUUUUGGUCCAGUUGGGUUCUUUGGUUCUGGAAUAUCUGAUGUUUUGCGAUCAUCAAAUCUUCAGUGUGUAGAUAGAACUGGGUAGGGGAGAGUGGGGUAACUUGAGACUAGUUGUACACUGUAGUAUACAAAGGCUGUGUGUAGGGGAGAGUGGGGUAAGUUGGACCGCUUUUUACAUUAUAAGGUAGAAAGACUUAGUGUGUUUAACUGGGUAGUGGAGAAUGUUUGGAACCUUAUUUAAAUGAUAGUGUAAAACCUGGUAGGGGAGAGUGGGGUGAGUUGAGACCUUUCUUCCAUUACACUGUAUUACCAUAAGACUGUAAGUGGGUCAGAAAGAGAUGACAUUCAAUUAAUUAACCAUCCAUUCUUAUUCGAUUCAGCUAAAAGAUAGACAUUCAGCUCCUUUUCUCAGAGUCACGUUAGAGUAAUUGUAUAAAUAUCUGGUUAAUCUCCCAUCUCUCUCUCAUGCAUGCUCACUCUCUUUUCCAGACUUCCUCUCAGUGUAAUGUUGUGUAAUAGCUUGAUGUAAUGUUUGGUAACAGGUUACCAAACUUCAAUGUGUGCCACAUGAGACAGUUUUAAUUAAAGACAGCAUAGAUUUAGAACAGGCCUGCCAUGUCGUUCAAGUAAUGGAGCUGUGCAUUUUAAUGGACUGAUAAUUGCUCUUUGUGUCAUCUUCUGAAUGUUUUGUUGUCAGCUGUACAUUAAAUACCAAUGAUUGUUUCUCUUCAUGUUGGUAAUGGACUUUCCAAAAUAGACUUUUAAGUCUUAACAAAGUAUUUGACACUCUUGUUUGACCCAGGUCGGUCACAGAUCAAAUGGACCUAAAACAUUUUUUAUUCUGAGUGACAGACAUGCUGUGAUUAUUAAUGAUGUCCUUGUCCCCCCAGUCUCUCCUCUUUCCCUCUCUCCGACAGUAUUAUUGCUGUACGAAGGAGAACAUUUCUUAUUCUCAAGGAUAUGCAGUGAUUAUUAAACCUCUUCUUGUUUCUUGUCUCCCUGACAGUAUUAUUGCUGUAAGAAAGAGGAGUCAGAGUCGGAGGAGGAGGAGGAGCCCGACUUUGCGGUGACGUCCCGCCUCCCGCCUGUCCACUCCAAUCAUAACAUCGUGGCGGCGUCGGCCGCCGCCUCCAACCCCAACGGCCCCACCCUCUUCACGCCGCCAUUGGCGCGUAAACUGACGCGCUCGCAGACGUUCUGCCCGUCGUGCACGCACCAUGAGCUGCCCUUUCUACCUGCAGCACCCGGAUGGACUGCGGAACGGCGGCGACCGCAUCAGCUACCGCAGUGUCCAGCAACACGACCUGGACCUGCCCUUAGAAAUGCCCAGCUACCACAAACUCAACCUGACCCGGUCGGUCACCAUGAAGGACAUGUUCAACCGCAGCUGCAGCAUCAGCACUGACGUCUAGUGGCAUUAGCGCCACCCGGUGGCAUGGAGGACUCAUGGAAACAGAUGGAUAAUACAAUGGGGACGGAUAGUGGGACUGUGACUCGACAACUAAUACUCCCAUGUACCUCAGUUUUACACUCAGAUAUAACCACACAUUAACUAGUGAAAAGAUACAUCUGCCAGUUUGGAUGUUGACCCUGAAAUAGCAUAGAGUUUCUGGACUCAUACUGUUGGAUUACCCUAAACCUAAACCACACUCUGGUUUAAAUCCAACAAAUCAACUGUACCUUUGAAUAACAAAUAACAGACUUUGCAAAGAUGCUGCUAAAGAAACCAAGAAACCAUGGCGAUAAGGAUAAGGAGGAGGGUAAUGGAGGCUCCUCCCACUACUGCAUCUCUCCACCAAUCCCCAGCCUGAUCACCAGAAAGGGGGCGGAGCAGAUCAUAUCACAAGUUAUGGAUUAUCCAUCCAUCGCAUCAUGGUUCGGAAAUGGAGUAGUGACGGAAGAGAGGGGGAACAACAUGUUAUAGGCCAUAAAAACAGGAGAUAAAGGGCUUGUGGGUGGUGGAGUCCUCUGCUCUGUUUUCUACAUGCAGUUUAUUUU